UGCACAGUAGCCUAGCUUUAGACUUUCAAGUCCCAGCAAACUACCAGGGUGGUAUUGCCAGUCAUCUUGAGAGGAAACCUAUUGUCUGAAUUAGGACUGCUUUAGGAUUUAGAAACCCUAUAUAUCCAAAUUAUGGGACUGGUAGACAUUCUACUAUACUGGCUCAGUGUAUGGUUUGCCUCAUCAGACUCAACAUAGCUAGACAGAAUGAUUCUGAGACAAAUCCCUUACAUAGCUGGGCAUCAGAUGUUAUAACAGGGAGGAUAUGGAGGCUGCCACUUGCAAAAAAAACCCAUGAGAUUGAGACUACCUUCUGAUACUGGAAAUGUGGCCUAUUCCAUGUUUCUCAUGGGUACCAGGACUGAAAUAGUUGUCCAGGUAGUUCUUGACCCAGCUCUCCCACCACUACACACAGUGUUGCUAUAAUGCAGAGAAAUAAUUCUGAGUUUCUACUCCUACCCUACCAGAGACAUGCUGGGAACAUUUGAACACCAUCCCUAUGGCCCCAGCUGUACUCUUGCUUCAGGUACACAGCCUAACAAGUUUCAGGGGAACCAUGGCCAAUACAAGCCACAUUCUGCUCUCCCUCCCUUCUGUUAGCACCUCUCUGAGAGGAAUUUGCCAAAUUUCAGUCAUCCUUUCACUGUAUCCUUUCCUAGGCACUGUAUCUGAAAAACUGGGAAGUCUCCAUACAUCUUCAGAGGUGCACAGUUAUGAGGAGUCUGAGGUCACACUCCAGAGCAGGCAUUCUCACAGUAGGGGAACAACACAACUUUACAACUCCUCAUUGCAUUGAUCACUCAUAAGUCAGGACAUGAGUGCCACAGACAGAUUCCUGUACCACCCUCUCUGUUUAGUACCUGAACCCAUGCCGUGUCAGGUCAGAGGACAAGUGCCUAAGGCUCCUCAUUACUAGACAGCAAAUGCAGAGGGUUCGAGUAAUACAAUGAAUAUCGUCAGUGCCUAAGGAAACAACUCACCUUGUACAGGUCACAAGUUUCACUAUAGGAGUAAGCACAGAGUAUACCCACACAUACUGCUUUCUGUAUCACACUUGCUCGAACUACUUGAGUAUCUCCAGUCUUGCUUGUAUUGCCUAGAGAGACAGUAGGUCUCUCUCUGAUUCUGAUAUAAUACAGAUAAGUAGAAUGAAUGCACUGUACUCAAACUCACCAUAGACAAACGCAUCAUAGACAGACAUGCUUCAGGCAGAUUACACUAUUGUGUUCAAACUGGAAGUAACAUUGGCAUUGAAUAUCAAUAAAUCAAUGAUCAAGAUACAUCUUCUGGAAAAAGUUAAGCCCGUUCCAUAAAAGUGAUAAGGCUCUCCAUUGUGCCAGAUAUACAAGCUUUAACAUAGGAAUACAAGAACUAUGAAGAACAAGGUAAUACAACAUCUCCUAAAGUCCAUUCAUAACACUCUAGUAAGAGACUCCACAGGUACCAAAGUGAAUGAAGUACCUGAUAAAGAAUUCAAAAGAAUUAUUUCUUGAAAUCUCAAGAAAACCAGACAAGCAGUUAAAUGAAAUUAGUAAGACGAUGCUGAGCAUGAGUGAGAAAUUCAGCAGAGAGAUGGGGAUUUCAAAAAAGAACCAGUCAGAAAUCUAUAAAUCAGUUUAAAACCAGUUCUAUAAAUCAGUUUAAAAAUUGAGUUGGGAGCCUCACCUGCAGUCUACAGGUGAAGAAAGAAUAUUAGAACUUGAAGACAGGUAUUUAUUGAAAUGAUUGAGGCAGAAAUUUAAAAAAAAGGAUGAAGAAGGCAUACAGGAUCUUUAGGGUACCAUGAAAAGAUCAAAUGUCCUGAUCAUUAACAUACCUAAAUGGGGAGAAAUGAAGUUGAGGGCAUAGUAACCUCUUCAUUGGAGUAACAGCCGAAAACUUCGCAGUCUUGGGAAAGACAUGGGCAUCCGUGUCUGGAUUCCCAAACAGACCCUGCCAAAGAAGAUUCUCACUACAGCAUACAGGAAAACUGUCUGCAGUACAGAAAAAGCACCAAACAAUAUUUAAGAGCAGCCCCAUUAGACUAGUAGCAGAUUUCUCAGUAGAAACUCUUUAAGCCAGGAAGGGAUCUAUUAUUAUUACAACCCGUAUUACUAUAACCCAACAAGGCUGUACUUCAGAAUUUAAUGAGAAAUAAAGACCUUCCAAAACAAACAAAGAGUUAAGGGAAUUCCUAACCAGACCAGCUUUAUAAAAGAUGCUUUAAGGGGGUGCUACACCUGUCACUGGAGUGAAGAUAACUACCAUCAUAACUUCCUAAAUAUAAAUCAUAGGAUAUAAAUUCUACUGGAAGAGUAGACACACAAAGAGCAGACUAAAAACAAAAAUAAGCCAUACCUCAAAUUUGUAGAAGAAUCAGAAGAGAAACAAAUGAAAUAGAGACUAAAAGAAGAGCACAUAGAAUGAAUAAAAUAGUUCUUUGAAAAGAUAAACAAAAUGAACAAUCCUUAACUAAAGGGAAAGUGAGAGCCCAGAUAAAAUUCCAGAUGAAACUGGAAACAUCCCAACUGAGACUACAAAAGUUCAAAGGAUCUAGAAAUUAUUUUUGAAAAACUAUAUACUAAAAAAUUGGAAAAUCUAGUAAAAUGGAAAAAAUUUUAAGACCUGUAUAACCUACCAAAGUUGAACCAAGAAGAUAUAAAAAACAGAAUGGAGGGCUCAGUGGAUAAGAGCACUUGUAUGAGGAUCAAAAGCCGGGUGUGGCCAUAGACAUAUAACACCUGCAUUGUCAAUCUCUGUGGCUUGCUGGCUGCCAACCUAGCCUUAGGUUCAGUGAGAGACUCUGUUUCAAGAAAAUAAGGUGGAGAAUGACACAGCAGGAUACCCACUGGCCUCUUCUGGCCUCUGCAUGGAUGUGUGCUUACAAAUGUCACCUAUACUACAGGCAUACCUGUACACACCCAAAAAAUGUAGAUCUGUAAGAAAUAAUAAUAUUGAAAGAUUGAAUCAGUAAUAAAAAGUCUCACCAAAUAAAAGCCUAGGACCAGAUUAUUGUGUUGCUGAAUUUGAUGCAACUUUUUUCAUUUUCUUUUUUUUAAUCUCUUCCAUCCUUCCUUCCUUCCUUCCUUCCUUCCUUCCUUCCUUCCUUCCUUCCUUCCUUCCUCCCUCCCUUGCACCCCUCCUUCCCUUUCUUCCUUCCUUCCUUUUUUGGGGGAGGUGGGGAUGGUUUUAUAUAUUUCAAGCUGACUUCAAACUCCCUAUAUAGCUGAUGAUGACCUUGAACUUCUGAUCCUCUUGUAUCCACAUCCCAGUUUAUGCAUUAUUGGGGGUUGAACCCCAGGACUUUGUACACAGUAGGCAAACACUCCACCAACUGAACCUCAUCCCAAGCUCCUGAAUUUAUCCAAACUUUUAAAGAACUAGUACUAAUGCUUCUCAAACCAUAAAAGAAGACAAGAAUCAUUGUAUGUGGGUGUGUGUAGGUGUGUGUGGCUAUGGCUACAACAGAGGAACAAGGAUGAGAUGGAAAGAAGAGCAAAAUCAUACUUUGUUUAAAAAUGUUAUAAUGUUAUCUGGCACCUGUGUGCUGAUUUUUAAAAAUUAGAAAACAACUGAAAUGGAGGGGACCCUUCCCAACUUAAUUCUGUUUAUCCUGAAAUACCUGUUACCAAAGCCUAACAGCAUAACAGCAAGAAAACCAUAGAGCAAUGACCCUGAUGGGCAAAAUGGCAAAUAUCCUCAAGAAAAUGCUUGCAAAUUAAAACCAAGAGCUUGUCAGAAAGGUCAUACAUCAUGUUCAAGUUGGUUUUAUUCCAGGAUGCAAGAAUGGUUCAGAAUAUUCAAAUUCGAUACAUAUUACAUAACAUAUACAUAAUACCUUGCAUAAGUUGAAUGAAUUAUAAAAAUUAUGAUCAUCCCAAUAGAUGCAGAAACAUCUAUUAUUCAUGUUAUUCAUGAUAAGAAGUCAUGAACAUAUUAGAUAUAGAAGGAUUGUGCCUUAACAUAAUAAAGCCUGUAUAUGACAGACAUUUAGGCAGCAUUCUACUGAAUGAGGAAAGCUGAACAUUUUCUCCCAGGUAAGAAUCAGAAAAUGUCCUGCUGUUGUGGUUAGUAUGGCUUUCAGUAUAUCUUGAAAUUUUGUAUUGUCGCAAUUCUUAUUUAGUAUAAUAUUAGAAAUUUUAACUACAGUAGUUAGGUAAGAGAAAGGAAAGUCAAAUGAUCACUCUUUACAAAUGAUACAAUUCUGCCAGUGGUUAGGAGACAGAGGCAUAGCUCUACACUGUUACUCUCAGCAGCCUAAGGAGCUCUCCUAAUCCUUUAAGGACCUUGACUCAAGAUAAGCUGUGAUUCCUGGCUUUAAUGCAGAAAAGAAUUUUAGAAUUAAGCAUUAUGAAACAGUUGUGUAUUUUUAUUACUAAAUAUAGUUUAAUCAAGUCUUUAUAUAUGAGACAGACAAACUGAAGUGUGGGUAUGGACUUCCCAAGGGAAAGUUGUAAUUAAUUUUCUUAAUAUUAGUCAUAUGUAAUAUCUAAAGAAGAAAAAUGCAAAUAUCCAUCAAUGAGAGGAAAAUGGAAAAUAACACCUAACAAUGGAUGGGGUUUCUUUUAGGAUGAUGAUGAUUAUGAAAUGGAUAGGUAUGGUGUUUGCUCAACUAUGAAUAUGCGGAAAAGUACUGAGUUACAUACUGUAAAGGAGUUUACUUUUGGUGUAUGAGUUACACACAAACCUCAAAUAAGCCAGCAGUUCUACUAUUAGAAGUUUAUAUAAGAAAAAAGAAAGUGGCCCUCCAUCUGUGGCUUCUGUAGCUGUAGAUUUUGUCAACAGCAGACCAGAAAUAUUUGGGAAAAGCCAGGUGUAGUGGUGCACAUCUAUAAUCCCAGCACUUGAGAGGCUGAGGCAGCAGGACCAUAGUAUUAGAGGCCUGUCUGAACAACAUGGUGAGAUCCAGGUACAGCUGGACUAUGGUUGAGACACUUGACUCAAAAAAAAAAAAAAAAAAAAAGGAGUGGGUAGGUAAAAGGGUUUCUAUACUAACGUAUACAGAGGGUAUUUUCCAAUGGAUUAUUGUAUGUUUCAUACAAAGAUUUGUUUAUGCAUGUACAUAGGCUCAUGUUUAUAAGAGCCGAAAGCUAGAGCUAAACCAAAUGGCCUACUACUUGGCAACAAAAAGAAAUGCAUAUCAGAUCCAGGGACUUUAAACUUUUGAAAUCAGAAGUGUUUUAGAUUUAGAAUAUUUUCCUAUGAAAUAAAAUAUCUUAUGGAUAUGACCAAUCUAAGCAUGCAAUUUAUUAUUGUUUCUUACAUGCCGUAUGCCCAUGGUCUGAAGUCCUACACACCUCCAAGCAAUGAGUUCAAGAUCAGCAUGAAAUUGGAAGCACAGGACCCCAGGAACACCACAUCCACCUGUAUUGCCACAGUAGUUGGACUGACAGGUGCCCGACUCCGCCUGCGCCUUGAUGGCAGUGACAACAAGAAUGACUUCUGGAGACUGGUUGACUCCUCUGAAAUCCAACCAAUUGGAAACUGUGAGAAGAAUGGUGGUAUGCUGCAGCCCCCUCUAGGAUUUCGGCUGAAUGCCUCUUCUUGGCCCAUGUUCCUUUUGAAGACACUAAAUGGAGCAGAGAUGGCUCCCAUCAAGAUUUUCCAUAAGGAGCCGCCAUCACCCUCCCACAACUUCUUCAGAAUGGGAAUGAAGUUAGAAGCUGUAGACAGGAAGAACCCUCAUUUCAUUUGUCCAGCCACUAUUGGAGAAGUUCGAGGCUCAGAGGUCCUUGUCACUUUUGAUGGGUGGCGAGGGGCAUUUGACUACUGGUGCCGCUUUGACUCCCGGGACAUCUUUCCUGUGGGCUGGUGUUCUUUGACUGGAGAUAAUCUGCAGCCACCUGGCACCAAAGUUGUGAUUCCAAAGAAUCCUUCCCCUGCAUCUGAUGUGAACACUGAGAAGCCCAGCAUCCUCAGCACCAAAACUGUCUUGGAGCAUCAGCCAGGGCAGAGGGGGCGCAAACCAGGAAAGAAGCGGGGCCGAACACCCAAGAUCCUUAUUCCCCAUCCCACUUCUACCCCAUCCAAGUCAGCUGAACCGUUGAAAUUCCCAAAGAAGAGGGGUCCCAAGCCUGGCAGUAAGAGGAAACCUCGGACUUUGCUGAGCCCACCACCCACCUCACCAACAACCAGCACCCCUGAACCGGAUACCAGCACUGUUCCCCAAGAUGCUGCCACCAUCCCCAGUUCAGCCAUGCAGGCCCCCACAGUUUGUAUCUACUUGAACAAGAGCGGCAGCACGGGCCCCCACUUGGAUAAGAAGAAGAUCCAACGACUUCCUGACCAUUUCGGGCCAGCCCGUGCCUCUGUGGUGUUGCAGCAGGCUGUCCAGGCUUGCAUUGACUGUGCUUAUCACCAGAAAACUGUCUUCAGCUUCCUCAAACAGGGCCAUGGCGGUGAGGUCAUCUCAGCCGUGUUUGACCGGGAACAACACACCCUCAACCUCCCAGCAGUCAACAGCAUCACCUAUGUCCUCCGGUUCCUGGAGAAGCUCUGCCACAACCUUCGCAGUGACAAUCUGUUUGGCAACCAGCCCUUUACACAGACUCACUUACCACUCACUGCCACGGAGUACAGCCACAGCCACGACAGGUACCUACCAGGUGAAACUUCUGUCCUGGGGAAUAGCCUGGCCCGGUCCUUGGAGACACACUCAGACCUGAUGGACUCUGCCUUGAAGCCUGCCGACCUUGUCAGCCCCUCCCCAAACCUUCGAACUCCUGGCUGUCGGCCCUUGCUUCCCUCCUGUGGCCUCCCAUUGAGCCCUGCCUCCUCAGCCAUGCUCAGGCUCUGCUCCAGGGGAGUGCUGAAGGGGACAAAGGAAAGAAGAGACAUGGAGUCGUUUUGGAAACCAAGUCACUCCCCAGGGUCAGAUCGGUAUCUGGAGAGCCGAGAUGCCCCUCGCCUGAGUGGCCGGGACCCUUCUUCAUGGACAGUGGAGGAUGUGAUGCAGUUUGUCCGGGAAGCAGAUCCUCAGCUCGGACCCCAUGCUGACCUCUUCCGAAAACAUGAGAUCGAUGGCAAGGCCCUGCUCCUGCUGCGCAGUGACAUGAUGAUGAAGUAUAUGGGCCUGAAGCUGGGGCCCGCCCUCAAGCUCUCCUUUCACAUUGACCGGCUGAAGCAGGGAAAAUUCUGAACAGGAGGCAUUCUUCUUUCCGGAAGCCACCAGCCACCUCCCAGGCACCUCCAUAGGGCUCUGGGUGACCUCAGGACUCCAGGAGGCUGGAGGACCACCACUGCUGCCCCUCCUGCCAUCUGUGUCCUUCCGUGAAGGACCAAGGAGGGAAGAAUGUGGGCCCAGGGCUGGUGCUGCUCUUCCCCUUAGCCUGCUGGGGCUCCCAGGCCCUUCUAUUUAUUUCUCAAGGCUAGCCAAGCCUCUCACCAGAAGUUUAGACUGAGCACCUUGCAAAGAGAUGGAGGAAGAGGCCAACUCCAGGGCCUUGAAAGGCCCUGGCACCCAGGCCCCUAACCACCUCCUGGGCUUGGUAUAGUGCCCAUAGCCCCCAGCUCAUGCCUUGUCACCAGAUCCCCAAACUCAACUUGUGGUGCAGACCUUUUUUACAAAGAUCCUUUCUUGUUGCUAAUUUAUUGCUUCUGGCACUUGGACUUAAUGCUUUUCUUGCACCAGACAUUUUUGGGAAGAAGGAGACCACCCUCUGUGGUCCAGAGAGGGCCUCUCCAGAGAAGUGUGGCCCUGUUUCAGAGGAUGCUGCCCUAGGGCUCUUUCUCUCUGGGAUGGACAGAGGAAUAUAGCUCACUGGACAUGGAAAGGUUAGGGUCCCUCCCUCUUCCCACACCAGGCCCUUUGUAGCCCCAUUCUCUAUCUCUGAUGGAGUUUUCCCCCCACCCCUGCCCCAUCACAGCUCCCUGCCCUGGUCAGAAUUGCUGCAAAAGAUGGGGCCUAAUGCCUUUAGGCCACGGGGGCCCCCAUGGUGGGAGGGAGGACCUCCAGGCUGGGGGGUUUGCCCUCUGCUAGCUCCUGUGCUUCCUCCUCAGCAAGUCAGCAACACUGCUGCCCCCACUGCCAUCUGAACUGUUUUAUGUCCGUUUGUUUCUAAAUAAAACCAAUACAAAGGC